CGGGAGGAGGGACGUCUUCAAGAGUCAUUUAAAGAGUGAAAUGGAGAUGAGGUGAUUGCUUGGGGAGGGUUUUGGAGGUGAGGAAGGAAGCAGAGCCCCCCUCAAGUCUCUACACCCCCUACAAGACCCCCGUCCUCUUCCCUCAGAGCACCUGCUUCCCCAGCCCCAGCAUUGACCCCCCGGACCUGGGGUGUCUGUCUAGCUCUGUCUCCCCAGCCGGGGGGCUCCUGGGGACCGGGCUAGGGCUCAACCCCCCAGCAUCGCCCAGCACGGGGCAGGCGCAGUGGAGGUGAGCACCAGGGGCUGGGCAUCAGGUGGGGGCAGACUCCCAUCCCCUUUCUCGGCCCUCACACACCAACAACUGGUCGCUCGGUCCUGCCAGAUGUCUGCCCUACAUCUCUCCAAAGCCAGCUGGUAGGAUUUUUGUAUCCUACCCCUGCACCCACCCCUGGGGCUGCCCCAGAGGCCCCUACAGAAACCAGCAGCUCUGGGGAUUUGAGCCCCAGGGGAGUCCGGAGGAUGCAGGUGCAGGGUGGGGCAGGGCAGGGGCAGGCACCCUUCCAUCACCAACGCACACGCGUGCCAAGCUCUGGCUGCCGACCCUAGGUGCUGGUUUCGGCAGCAUCCAGGCUCCUCACAGGGUGCCCUCCUCUCAGGUUGCCUCCGAGCAGAGGAACCUGGAGGGCCGUGGGGAGGGGAGGAGUAUCUGCUUCGAUCUAGAGAAGCCCGGGACACCGCAGGAGAAUGGGCGGGAGGCCCUCAAGCCCCCUGGACAAGCGGCAGCAGCAGCACCUGAGGGGUGGCCUGAUUCAGCCACCUCUCUGUCCCCGUAUUCCUGCAGGCCAGGUGGAUGCCUUGCUGAGGAACUUCCUGCCCCAAUACCGAGGGCACCUGGCAGCCUCCAUCCUGAGGCAGAUCUCCCAGGAACUGGGCCCCCAAGAGCCGGCCGGAUGUCAAUUGCUACACAGUAAAAAGUUGCCCCGAGUCCGAGAGCACCGAGGGCCCCUCACCCAGCUUUGGGGCCACCCGCCCCAGUGGCAGCAGAUCUUCUGUGUCCUGCGAGGGGAUGGCCGCCUGGAAUGGUUCAGCCACAGGGAGGAAUAUGAAAAUGGGGGCCGUCCCCUGGGCUCCACAGCCCUGACGGGGUACACAAUCCUGACUUCCCAGCGUGAAUAUCUCCACCUGUUGGAUGCUCUCUGCCCAGACUCCUCAGGAGACCAUACACAGGAAGAGCCUGAUCCCCUCCUGGAAAUGCCUGUGAACUUCCCCCUGUUCCUGCAGCACCCCUUCCGAAGGCAUCUCUGUUUCUCUGCAGCCACAGGGGAAGCACAGCGUUCCUGGAGGCUAGCCCUGCAGGGUGGUAUCCGGCUUCGUGGCACAGUCCUGCAGCGCAGUCAGGCCCCAGCCGCCCUCGCCUUCCUGGAGGCCGUACGGCUUUACCGGCAGCACCAAGGCCACUUUGGCCAUGACGACGUGACGCUGGGCUCGGACGCCGAGGUGCUGACCACGGUGCUGAUGAGGGAGCUGCUGCCGGCGCUGCGAGCCCAGACCCUGCCCCGCUUGCGGGGGGCCGGCCGAGCCCGGGCCUGGGCCUGGACUGAGCUCCUGGAUGCCGUUCACGCCGUGGUCCUGGCCGGGGCCUCCGCGGGGCUCCGCGCCUUCCAGCCCGAAAAGGACGAGCUGCUUGCGGCCCUGGAAAGGACAAUCCGCCCGGACGUGGACCAGAUGCUGCGGCUGCGGGCGCGCUUGGCAGGAAGGUUGCGAGCCGAGAUCCAGGGCCCCCUGGAGUCGUGCCUGCACAGGAAGGUGGAUGUGCAGCUGCCCCGGAUCACGCAGACGCUGCGGAACACAGUGGAAGCCGCGCUCGCAGCGGUGCAGACCCUCCUAGCCCAGGGCAUGGACCGCCUGUGUCUCCACCUGCGUGGGAAACCCUCGGGCAUGCGGUUGCGGAAAGAAGUUUACUCAUUUGGGGAGAUGCCGUGGGACCCAGAGCUGAUGCAGAUCUGCUACCGAGAGGCUGAGAGGAGCCGGGGGCGCCUGAGGCAGCUGGUGGCACCGUUUGGCUUCCUUGGAUCGCGAAGUCUGGUGUUUGGGGCCCAGGAUCUCGCACAGCAGGUGAGGCUCAUGGCCGACGCCGUGGCCACCUUCCUGCAGCUGGCUGACCAGUGUCUGACCACGGCCCUGGACUGCAACCAGGCUGCUCAGCAGCUGGAGAAAGUCAGGGGGCGUGUGCUGAAGAAGUUCCAGUCAGACAGUGGCUCAGCACAGAGGAGGUUCAUCCGCAGGUGGCAGAUCUGCAUUUUUUUGCCAUUUGUGCUGAGCCAGCUGGAGCCAAGCUGCAAAUUGGAGCUGCCUGAGUUUGAAGGGGAUGUCCUUGCUGUGGGCAGCCCAGCCCUGACCAUCGAGGGCAUCUACGAGGAUGUCAUCCGGGGGAUCCUGCUGCAGAGGAUUGAUAGAGAAUUGAAAAAGGCCCUUGGUGCCAGCGAUGUGUCCUGUGCUCUGGAUGGCUGCUCGGAGGCCCCAUGGGACCAGGAGGGAGCAGAUGAAGAAACUGAGGCUCAGAGAGAGACUUGCUCCAGGCAGCCAGGCUCCUGCACUGAGGUCCAGCCACUCUGCCCACUGUCGCCUCCAGGGACAUUACGGAGCUGAAUCUUCGCUCACAUCCAUCUUCAUUACCAACGGAUAAAUGUCUACUGGUGGACUUUCUGAGUCAUAUGCACCAUUUCAAAGCUUUUAUAACCCCCUCACCUCCACCUCACUCAUUUUCAGAAACGCCAAGCCUUUUAUACUCCCACCAGCAGUAUUUGUGCUUAUUCUCCAUAUCCCUUCCAAACACUAGGAAUUUUCAUUAAAAAAAAGUCAAUUUGAUAGGCACACACACAUUUCAUUUUCUUAUUUUGAGUUUCUUUGAUGACUAAAGUGAACCUAAAAAUAUGUUUAUUGGCCAUUUAUAUGUUUGUGGGAUUUUUAAAAAUUGAAUUGCCUGUUCAUGGUUUUACCUACUUUUUCCUUCAGGAGAUUUUAUCUUUUUCUUAUUGAUCUCUAAUGACUUUUUGUAUAUUAAGGAUAUUAAUAAUGCUUUGUUAUCCAGGUUACAGAUAUUUUUUCUCAGCUUGCUGUGGGCCUUUGGGUUUAUUUACUCGCUCCAAAUCUUAACUUGGUAUCAAGUUGAGAGAGAGCUUUUACUGACUUCCUUCUUCUUGCCAGAAAAAUCAUCUGUCCUCUCAAGUUUGGCAGCUACUCCACAUCACAAGCCUUCCAGCUGUUUCCGGAGCAUGUUCCGGAGGGAUUUCCCCAGCAUUCUUUAAGGUUCAGCUU